AUGUGUGGUUACCUAUCCUUACUACCAGAUUUAACCAUUGAGAGAUUUUGUACGACCGGAGGGAAAAGCCCCAUUGGCUAUUUGAAGGCCUACAUAACCAACCUGUACCUCUCCAAGGAUGGAGAGAAAGUCACUGAGGCCAUUGAGGAGGGCAUUGUUGCAGCGACCUUGUUUGCAUCUGGAGAUGUGGAGAACCAGCUUUCUGACACACAGCUGAAAGUAGCUUUUGCCAGGGACGCAGUCCUCUUCUCUGACGAGUCGGAGAUCAUCGUGAAACAACACGGCCUGGCCAUGUUCUUUGAGCACGAGAAGGAAUUUGAGAACAAACCUCUUGCACAGGGUCCCUUGAAGUGUUUCCUGGAGGCGCCGGGGAAGCUCCAGAGAAGGUUCUAUGUCAAGAAUGAGCGUAUGACCUGCCCCAUUCGUACCUACCUGGUAACAGCCCGCAGCGCAGCCAGCUCAGGGGCCUGUGUCCUCAAGACCCUCAGGAGCUGGGGCCUGGAGAUCGACAAGGCCCUGUUCCUUGCCAGGGCCCCCAAAGGGCCACUCUUGCAGAAGAUCCGGCCCCACAUAUUCUUUGACAACCAAAUGUUCCACAUUGAGGGAGCCAAGGAGCUGGUUACCAUCACAAGGGGGAACUUAUUGAGCAGCCAAAGAUGUCAAAGACAUGAGCCCAAAUCCCAAAAUGCCAUGACAAUCGCCGUCUCCUCUCGAACACUUUUCAACAGGGUUGAGGAGCGGAAGAUCUAUGAGGAAGAGGGAGUCGAGAAGUACAAUGGCCUACAUGAAUCAACAAGAGCAUGA